UAGCUACUAAAUCAAAAAAAUAUAUUCAAAAAUAGAAGGGUAUAUUAGGAUAAAUACAUUUAAAAAAAUUAUAAUCAUAAUUAUUUGAAAGAUAAAACAUUAACUAUAAAAAACGCUAAAAAAUAAUAAAUAAAUAGAAUGAAAUUUCACAUCUUUGUUUUAUUAAUACUUUCUUUGUUGAUGAGCGCAACUUUAGGAAAGAAAUUAAGAUUUAGUCAUGAACCUUAAUAGCCUUAAUGUCUUUAGUUAGGAGAUCAUUGUGAUGUUGAAGAAUUAUUUGAUUUUUGCUGCUAGGGUACAUCUUGCCACCCAAUAUUAUAUGUUUGUGAUGAAGAUUAUUGA